CUGCACGCAUUGACUUCGAGCAUGCUCCAGAUUAUCAUUUCAUAGCUUUUAGAUAUUGUUUCUAGUACCGUACUCCCUCUGUUCACUAUUAUCUACCAGUUUCUAUUCACUCGCAAGCCCGAUUCACCACCAACAUCAACGCCCAACCAUACACACCCUGUCCCUCAAUUCACCACACUGACUCUCUAGUACCUCUAUUGCCAACUCCACCUAAUUCCUGCACCACAGAGACCGAGCCCUAACAGACCUAACAGCCUUGAUGACUUCAUACACUGUGUCCUUGCUCAAACCUCACAUGUGCAUACUCACCGCUCUCACCAAUUUCUUCAACGAACUUUCCCAGCCACUACAACUCCAGUACAUGCACUGCCACUCCUCAUUUGAAUUGUCAAACACUGAUACGUCUUGCCACAUUCCACAUGACGAUGAAAGCGCACUCGUCAAUCGUGCUGUGCAUGAAACAUCCUGGUGCUGUUGUGGAGGGAGCAUCGAAGGCACAGGUGAUAUGGGUCCCCCGAGUGGGUGGUGUUAUCCAGCGCCUCGCGUAUGAUCAUCAUAUGGAAUAUUCACAACAAGUUAGAUUACACAUCUAACAAUCACGCUUAGCUCAGCCUGAAAUAUCCAGACAGAUGCGCGAGACGAUGUGCAGAAAUAGUUUCAAGUGAAAGCAAAGAGACUCCGAAACAUAGGGUAAACAUGUUCGAGUUGGCCAGUAUAUUAUGGCAUGAGGACCAAGGGCUAUUCAAGCAAUAUAACUACCGUCAAGGUAUAAAUGAAAAUUAUUCGAGGAUCCCUCUGUUUCAAACUACGAGUAACCGCUCGAUGCGAGUGCGUUUCGAUCACAUUGGAGAGCAGUGAACCCAGCACGAAAGCCGGCCUUCAUAUCUUCAUCAGUCUUAUCCAUGAUGGACUGAUAACACUCCAUGCCUGCUCCAAAACUUCC